UCUAUAGCUAGCAAACAGAACACGCUAGCUACAACAGAUGGCUGCAGAAGUACAGAGAUCGAAGCGCUAUCUUCCAGGAGCUCUGGACGGAGCAUACGUGCCUGGCUACUUGGGAUAUCGCCCGCAGUUAAAGUUCUACUAUGGUAAAACUUACGGUUCGUUAACAAGACAGUUGGCGAAGCGACAAAAUGAUUGGACGACGAAGAUCGUGCAAGCUUGCCCGGAUAAACACGUGCGAUUUGAUGGAGGCGUUCUUCCAGAUUUGAAGAAAAGAAUGGCUGUGCCUCCGUGGUCAGGAGGUGCAAAGUUUGCACGCAAUAUGGUUUCUAGCUAUUCAGGAUUCAUACCUGGACUCAACUUUACUUAUGGGUCCACAUUUCAAGAAGCCGCAAAAGAUGCCAUUCAAGACCACAUAGAUGCACAGACCAAGGUGGAAGCAGCAGGUACUGAUCUCCAACAAACUGUACAUAAGCAAAUCCCUCUAACUCCUCAACAAAGUGAAACAGCUCCUUACAUUUGCAACAAAAGACCAAAGGACAGUGUAAAGCAUUUCAGAAUUGACUUGCCACCGAUUCCUGGCUACAUGGGAUGGGUACCACGAUAUGCACACUGUGGACUCGGAAAAACACACGAUCUGCGAGCAAAAGAGGCUCUCGAAGUAUUCAACAAAGAACAAGAGAUCUAUAAUAACAGGGACUCCAAUGUCAAAAUUACCGAGCUGAAAAAACUUCAAGACACACCGGAUUGCGGCUUGAAGAUCAACACAAAUCGACCAUAUCCAAUAUACAGGAAAUCAGGAGUCAUUCCCAACUACACGGGUCACCUUCCAAAGGAAAUGUUCGAAAUUGGAUCAACUUACGGAAGUACAACGAAACGGCUGUCGGUGUGCAAAUACUCAACAGUCAAUUGACGGAUCGUGACAGAAACUUUGUCUAGCAAUGAUAAUAUCAAACUGUACAAAACAAGAAUCUAAACAA